AUGUCAACCCCAUCAUGCCCAGCACAAGUUUCCAAGGUUUAUGCCAGAAACAGUUCCCUCAACAGAGCAGUGAACAAUGUAAAGAAAGCAUUACCAAAAAGCCCUAGAAAAAAGAAAAUGGUAAUUAGGAAACUUCUUGAUGAAUAUGGUGAAGUGGAAAGUACCAAUGUGAAAAAGAGACAUCUUCUAUCACUAGAGGCUGAGACCAUAGAAGCAGUUAAGAGUUUUUAUACAUGUGAUGAUAUAAGCCGAAUAGCUCCGGGGAAGAGAGAUGUGGUAACAAUGAGAAAUGCAGAUGGAAGCAAAAAAUGCAAAAGCGACAUUUGUAUAUGA